AUGGAGAUCACUACGAGAUUGUUUUGCGAGGGAGAUGAAAACUUGAAAUUACCUAGUGGCAGUAGCCAAAAGAAGAAGAAAAAGUAUGUGUACUUCGAUCAACUGCUGUUCCUCACUGCGAACAACACUGACAGGAGGACAACCACCAAUGUUCCUGAUGAGCAACCCGACAUUGGAAACGAAAAUGCGGCUACUGAAGAAAACAACGAAGAUUUGACUGAGGUAGUUGCUUCAGAACCAGCAACACCUAACCAAGUAGCGCCCAACCAAGCAGCGCCUAACCGUAUCAACAAAAAAAUAUCGACAGACUCCCUUUGA